CCCGCUCAAAUGCACAGGCUGCAGACAAUCAGAAAAAGCAAUUUAAAAAAAAAAUGUGGUACUUGUGCUAGUCCAUUAAAUAUUAUGGGCAUUUCAUGCAGCAUCCUGGAUUUUUGUCUUGACUGCAGACAUUAAGUCCAGAGCUGCCUACUUCUGUCUGUGUUCCACAGAGAUAGAAAAUAAACUGAUGGGUUUCAGAAUGCUGAAGCCGAGCCCACACAUGCUGAUGCUCCAGACGCUCCACCAGCCUGAGGAGUGCUUUUGUUCUGACAACAUGAAGUCCACGUGGCUGCCACCCUCUCUGCUGCUGCUCUUGGAGGUGUGCUGCGCGUCUCCUCGGGAAAGCAGCAAGCCCAAUUUUGUCCUGAUGAUGGUGGAUGACCUCGGAAUUGGAGACCUGGGCUGCUACGGCAAUACAACGCUGAGGACCCCCAGUAUUGACCGGCUGGCUCAGGAGGGGGUGAAGCUGACCCACCACAUCGCCGCAGCGAGCCUCUGCACUCCCAGCAGGGCGGCGUUCCUCACGGGACGGUACCCGAUACGAUCAGGUGUAGCUGGCAGAAACAGGCCCGGCGUUUUUCUAUUUAACGCAGCAUCUGGAGGUCUUCCCAGCCAAGAGGUUACCUUUGCCAAGAUUGCCAAACAACAGGGCUACGAGACAGCUCUCAUCGGAAAAUGGCACCUCGGACUAAACUGUGAGAGCAGUGACGACCACUGUCACCACCCCAGCAGCCACGGCUUUGACUAUUUCUUCGGUAUCCCCUUGACCAACCUUCGAGACUGCCAGCCCGGACACGGCACUGUGUUCAGGAUCCACAAAUACUUACCAUACAGGACAUUUGGUGUCGUCCUGGUCACCGCGGCCUUACUCCACCGCAGCGGCAUCAUCACCAUCCGCAGGGGGUGGGUUGUGAGCCUGCUGUCUCUGGCGGUCGUGGUCGCUGGUCUGAUUGCAGGAUUCGUCCAGAUCGUCCCGUACUUCAACUGUGUUCUCAUGAGGGACCACAUGGUUGUGGAGCAGCCUUACGCAUCCGAAAACCUGACACAGAGGAUGACUCAUGAGGCUGUAGACUUCAUAGAGAGGAACUCGGCAAGACCUUUCCUGCUGUUUUUCUCUUUCCUCCAAGUGCACACAGCCAUGUUUGCCUCGGCGGCGUUCAGAGGCACGAGCGGCCACGGCAUCUACGGAGACGCGGUGCACGAAGUGGACUGGAGUGUCGGUCAGAUCUUGGCGACCCUGGACAGACUCCAGCUGAGCGAAAACACUCUGGUUUAUCUGACCUCAGACCAGGGAGCUCACCUGGAGGAAAUCUCCGCCAGUGGGGAGGUGCACAGAGGAUGGAAUGGAAUAUUUAAAGCGGGGAAGUCCACAAAUUGGGAGGGAGGGAUCCGGGUCCCAGGAAUUCUCCGAUGGCCCGGCAACAUCCCCGGUGGCAGGGAGGUAGACGAGCCCACCAGCAACAUGGACCUGUUUCCUACUGUGGUCCACCUGAGCGGCGCCUCCGUCCCGGUGGACAGGGAAAUAGACGGCCGCGACCUCAUGGAUUUGCUCCAGGGGAAAGUUCAAAGGUCGAGCCAUGAGUUUCUGUUCCACUACUGCAACAGCUACCUGAAUGCGGUCAGAUGGCAUCCCCAAAACAGUAGCUCUGUGUGGAAAGCCUUUUACUUCACGCCAGACUUCUACCCAGAGAACGAGACGGCCUGUUUCCACACACACGUCUGCUUCUGCACGCCGGACUAUGUGACCUUCCACCAUCCUCCACUGCUCUUCGAUCUCUCGAGGGACCCAUCGGAGACCACGCCGCUGACUCCUGACACCGAGCCGGACUUUAACGCCAUCCUGGCUGUGAUGGAGGAGGCCGCGGAGACCCAUCAGAGGUCGGUGAAGCCUGUGGAGAGCCAGCUAUCUGCGUGGAACGUGAUGUGGAAGCCCUGGCUGCAGCCCUGCCGCUCCACACUCACUCAGCUCUGUCAGUAGCAGCGGGAUGGAUAGGGCGCCAUUAGGCUACGACACAAGGUAGUUUCAGCGGUUAACAAUCCUAGGGGGAAAAUGUUAGUUUGAGCUGUUAUUCAAUAGUAGGUUGGAUCUUCCGAGGCAUUUUGGCAAUCCUUUAACAGCUGGUCAUUAUUGGCGAGGGGGCGGUCAUAAAGCAAAAGCAGUCGAUUCCACCAGAGGCAGGAAAUGUAGCAGUGGAGACGAAGGGGAUCGCUGCUGAAAGCGCGGCCGACGGUUUGAUCGUCAUUGACCUUCCCAAAGGGGCUUUCAUCCCCUUCAGACUUUCAGCAAGUCUUUAUAGUGUAAGACAUGACUAUUUAAUUGGAUGUCCUGGGGCCAGGUCCUGCCUGCGAGGUCAUUUGUACCAGGACUUUGAGUAAUUAUUGCGUAAGAACGUGUUUAAAUUAAUCAAAGAUGAUCCCGUGUCCCGGGGUGUGGAGAUUUCUCGAUUGCAGGCUGCUUCGUGAUGCAGACGUGGAAGAUAAUUAAGUUUUUAUUUUUAUUUUUAAUGAUUAUAUUUAAUUAUUCUGGCGUUAUUUGAGGGGUCACAGUGAUGACUGAUGAACAAGCAACAAAUUCAUGUGAUUUCACUAUCAUGUCAACGGUGAUCUUAAUGUUAUGUGUCAGUGUGAAAGAUGCAAUGUGUAGGACUUCAAAUUCAUACAACCGGCAAAUGGGUGCAGCCUGUUUAUUCAGUCAUGAAUAUUAAGAGAGUUUGUUAAUGUAGUUUGUAAAGGCAGAAUCAGUGAAGAUCUUCCUCUUCUGAUGAAAAUACCUAGUGCACCAUGUUGUCUUUUUGUAUGGCUGCUACCUUGGCCAGGUCUCUCUCGUAAGAGUGAGAAUGUUGAUCUCAAUGCAAUUGAAUGUGAAACGUGGGUGUUGAAUGGACGGGAUAUGACCCUCAGUCCAUGUGCACACAUUUCCACGUGGACUGUGCUUUAUAAAGGCAACACUGCCUGCAGGCGCGUGCUUUCGAGGUUUUAUAGAUCCGAUUUUUUUCCGUGCCCCGCUCACUUUUAACAUGGAUCCUGCACACUGCUUUUAUAAAUGAGGCUUCCCGGGAUUCCCGAUGAGGCCCAUUAGACAGCCGGUUCUUAGGAAAACUGCAGGUGGAGUCGGAGUCAGAUCAGUGGAAUGAAGUUUUAAUAGCGACGUGACAAUUAGCUCAGAGGAUGUGCUGAAAUCUGAUUAUGAAUAAGGGUUUCCCCGGUUUUACACAGCUGUCUCAGUUGGAAGUGGCAAGAGGAGAGGAAAAUCCUGACUGAAUGAAGUCAGCACGGAAAGUACGUCUUUCUCUUCAACUUCCUCUAAAGAUUAAUGGACAGUGAACAUCGCUCCACACAGCACGUACAUAAAACAGUGUUGAAAAUAAUUAAAAACGUAGCUGUGAUUCUGUCGGGUUGAACAUAAUUUCGCCGAACCCUGGAGGUUUGCUUUUUUGCAGUGCUCAUCCACGUUUGACUCUUACACAGAACAGGCCCGAGGGGAUUUUACUUCCUCGGUGGACCACAACGGACCCACCUUUUACUGCGUGUACUCAAGAGGAGCGUUCAAACCGUGAAUCCGGCGUUUUACACGGUGACACUUUGGACCGUCUUCCUGCGUCAACGAGCUGACACUCUGCUAUUCGGAGGAGUUCAACACGCUUAUCACAGUAGUAACACAUUGCAGGUGCGUGCAUAAUUCCACUAAUAAAUGGGCUCUUUUUUUAGCUGGCCUGUUUCCAGACAGCAGGCCAGUGUUUCAGCGUUUCAUGACCGAGGGCGGAUUUUCCAACGAGAUGAGCUGAAACAAAAAAAAAAAACAAAAAAAAACACAAGCUGGAGAAUCUUUCACCGUGGGUGGAAACUGUAAUUUAAGGGGUGCCUUAAUUGGGUGUCAUUACCAGACCCAGCAGGUGGGUUUAUGUAAUACCAGAGGGGAAUCACAAUUUGGUACAUCUGUUUGUGUGUCUGUGUUUAUUUGGUUUACAUACAAAGAACUAUUUUGGAUGUUAAAAUGUUAAUAUAUCUUUGUAAAUGAUGUUUUUUUUUUUUUUUUUUUUUACAGUGUAAUGCUUUGUAACAAUUUGUUGUGAGGCAAAAACGGGCUGGGUAUCUAUUGAAAUGCUCUGAUCUUAGUGCUGGUAACACAUCUGAAGCAAAGCUGUUAAAUGUCUACACAAGCAACUGUACAAGACCUUAAACAAAUAUAGGGUCCAAACUCCUGCUACUUUUACUUUGAUACCCCAACCAUACCCUGUGGUCUACCUCGGUGGUUGCACUUAGACUUGAACUAAGCUUGGACUGCUUAAUUGUUAUGGCAGUAAAUAUUGUACCAUGCAAGCUCCAUGCAAGACUUCUCCAGCUGUGUUGGCUUUAAAGCACAAACAGUAAAAAACACACAAAAUGCAUUUAUGGAGUCAUAAUGCAAAUAAAAUCUUUUUUUAAAAAUUCCAUCCACUAUCAUUUAUUAACCAUGAUUUAUUUCUAAUAAAUACACUGUUAAUUCUUGCACUUGGACUACAGUCCCAUUUUGUUGUCAGUUAAUUUAGAGAAACCUGGCUGAUAUUUGUUUUCCUGGUAUACGUGGUUAUUAACAGUGCUGCUUGAUUAUUUGGAUCAACAGGCUAAUCAUGAUGUAGUUCCCAGUGUUUGUCAAUUAAAAAGAUGAUUUUGCAACUCAAAAGUUUGACAUAAAACUGUUAAGACUGUGAAAAUGCAUGAUUUAAAAUACUAUGAACCCAA